GGGCGGCGGCGGCGGGCGCUGCGCUCGCUGGGCAGCCUGGCCGGGCGGCUGCUCCGCACCUGGGCGCGCCUGGCCGGGGGGCGCGGGGGCCGCCGCGCCGCCCCCGAGGAUGACGAGGGCGGGUUCCGGGGGGGGUCGCGGCGGCGGCUCGGCGGGGCGGCCCCGGCGGCGGCGGCGGGGGGCGAUGCGGGGGGCGAUGCGGGAGCGGGCGGCGGGGAGCGGCCGCCGGGCGCGCAGGGGCUGCGGAACCACGGCAACACCUGCUUCAUGAACGCCGUGGUGCAGUGCCUGAGCAACACGGCGCCGCUGGCCGAGCGCCUGGCGCUGGGCCGGUACCGCGCCCGCGGCGAGGUCACGCACCGGCUGGCGGCCCUGGUCCGCGCGCUCUGGACCCGCCAGUACACCCCGCAGCUCUCCGCCGAGUUCAAGAACAUCGUCUCCAAGCACAGCUCGCAGUUCCGGGGCAAUGCUCAGCACGACGCGCUCGAGUUCCUGCUCUGGCUGCUGGACCGAAUGCACGAGGACCUGGGCGCCGCCUCCCCCGCCCCGCAGAGCCGCGGCCCCACGCAGCCUGGCAAGGAUGGAAGCAGCAGUGCCAGCAGGUCCUCCCCAGGCACCCAGCACGCCCGUGGGCAGAGCUUCGUGCAGAGCCACUUCCAGGCCCAGUACAGGUCCUCCCUGACGUGCCCUCACUGCCUGAAGCAGAGCAACACCUUCGACCCCUUCCUGUGCAUCUCCCUGCCCAUCCCGCUGCGCCAGACCAGGGCUCUGAACGUCACGCUGGUGCUGCAGUGCGAGCGCUGGCGCUUCGUGCGGGUGGGCCUGGCCGUGCCGCUGCUGGGCACCGUGGCCGACCUGCGGGAGAUGGUGGCGCGGGAGGGCCGCGUCCCGGCGGAGCAGGUGAUCCUGGCCGAGGUGUCCCCGCGGGGCCUCCUGCGCUCGCUGUCCGACCCCGAGGCGCUGCGGGCGGCCGGCGAGGCCGCGCCCGUCUACGCCUUCCAGCCGCCGCCCGCCCGCCGCGCAGGGUGUCCCCGCAGCCUCCCCACGUCCCCCGCGGUGCCGCGGCCGGAGGGGCCACGCCUGCUGCCCAGCGCCGCCCGCUCCUCCGACUGCCUGCACCGCGCGCCCGGCGGCCGCAUCCUGCUGCUGCUCUGCAACACGGCGGGCACGGGGCCGCAGCUCGCCAGGUUCGGGCCGCCGCUGGUGCUGCGGGAGGAGCGCGGCGUGUCCUGGGAGCAGCUGCAGCAGAACAUCCUGGCCCAGCUGAGGGGGGUCCUGCGGGGAGAGGUCCGGCCGCAGGGCACAGGAGCCCUUUUCCGGAUCCGCCUGGCCGGGGGCUCAGCCCCCUGCACCUACCUGUCCCCUCAGGAUCCCCGUCCUCUCUGCCAUCCUGCCAUCGACAGGGCCCUGCAGCUGUGCGGGGCUGGGGGCCCUCCCCACGUGAGGCUGACGGUGGAGUGGGACACGAGCACCAAAGAGCGGCUGUUUGGGAGCAUCCAGGAGGAGGUGGUGCAGGACGCAGAGAGCGUGUGGCAGCAGCAGCAGGCGCACGGGCAGCAGCACAGCUGCACCCUGGACGAGUGCUUCCAGCUCUACACCAAGGAGGAGCAGCUGGCCCCGGACGAUGCCUGGCGCUGCCCGCACUGCAAGGUGCCCCAGCAGGGCACGGUGAAGCUCAGCCUGUGGACGCUGCCCGACAUCCUCAUCAUCCACCUGAAGCGCUUCCGGCAGGUGGCCGAGCAGCGGCACAAGCUCACCACGCUGGUGAGGUUCCCGCUGCGGGGGCUGGACAUGGCCCCGCACGUGGCACAGCGGGGCCAGCCCGGGGGACAGCUCCUGGGGCGCUGGGCGCCCUGGCAGCCCCCCCUGCGCCUGCCCCCGGGCUGCCCCCGCGACCACCUGUACGACCUGUACGCGGUCUGCAACCACCACGGCAGCAUGCAGGGCGGCCACUACACCGCGUUCUGCUGCAACGCCCUGGACGGGCGCUGGUACAGCUACGACGACAGCCGGGUGGAGUGGGUGCGCGAGGCCGAGGUGAGCACCCGCAGCGCCUACAUCCUGUUCUACCAGCGCCGCCGCGCCGCCGGCUCCGGCACGGGCUCCGCCGCCGCCGCGGGGCACUGGGUGUUCCGUCUGGCCGCCUCCGAGCCCCGCGCCGACCCCGGCACCGACCCCGACCCCUCGGGCUCCAUCGCCGCCCCGGAGAACGGCGGGUUCGAGGCGCGGCCGCCGGUGCGGGGUCUGCAGGGGCUUCACGGUCGCAGCCUCAGCGUCCGGACCGCCCCCGUCGGACCCCCGGGACAAGGGGAGCCGGGCCCCCCCCGAGCCCCACGACGGCUCCGCCGGGCCGCCAGCGCCGAGGGGACCCCGCGCCGGCCGCCCCCGGGUCUCGGCAGCCCGGGGGCCGCGGGGCCGCAGGGGGACCCGGGUGUCCCCCCGGGCCGCUGCCCCCCCGGCCCCUCGUCGCUGGGGCGGUCGCGGAGCUCGGCCAGCCUCCCCCCCCGGCCCGAGGCGGGGCUGCGCCGAUCCGCCUCGCUGGGCAGGGCCGCGGCGGGGCCGCCCCUGGCCCCCCGGGGCCGCCCCGGGACCACCCUGCAGCGGGGCCGGCUGCCCGCCGGGCCCCUGCGCCCCCCGGCCGUGCCCGAGUCCAGCUUCUGAGCCACGGAUGGGGGCACCACCCCCCAGCAGCUGUACAGCUGGUCCUGAACGGAUCGGGGAGCUCCCCAACGCAGGGGGUCUCCCCACAAGGGUGCCUGAACCAGGGAUCCCAAACCAGGAACAUCCCGACUGGGAGUGUCCCG